AUGUAUUCCCCCAAAGUCGGUGACAGUGUCGAUACCCUCGACACACCAUCCAUGAUCGCAGAUCUCGAUCUCGUCGAGGCUAACAUCAAGAAACUGAUGGACAAGCUGUUACCAACUGGCCUGGACAUACGUCCUCAUCUGAAAACCACAAAGAGUGCGAUCCUAGCCGGCAAGAUGGUCAAAGCGGGUGCAAAGGGAGGCUGUGUAGCCAAAGUUAGCGAGGCUGAAGUCAUCGCCGCGGCCGGAUUUGACGACCUGUUUAUCACCUGUGAGAUCAUAGGCCCUGCAAAGGUCCAAAGGCUGGUGGAGCUGUACCGCAAAUACCGCAAGAUCAGGAUAGUUGUUGACAGCGAAAGUGGCGCAACGGCUAUCGAUAAGGCUUUGGCGGCCGCCGGGAUCGACGAACCAAUCUCGGUUUUGAUUGACCUCGAUGUUGGGCUCCACCGCACCGGCGUCCUACCAGGUGAACCGGCCGUGACCCUGGCACAACAUGUACAGGGUCUGAAGCAUUUGAAGCUGAUCGGGCUCCACGGUUAUGAGGGGCAUUUGCAGCACCUGCAUGAUAAGGAGGAUCGCAAGAGUCAAUGCCUGCAGUCUAUGGAGAUCCUCACGAAUGCCGCGGACGCUCUACGGAAGGCAGGCUUCAACAUUGAGGUGGUCACGACAGGAGGAACUGGAACGGCCGAGUUCUGCGCCACAGUCCCGGGCGUGACUGAGCUCCAACCCGGAUCGUUUAUUUUCAUGGAUACGGAUUACCGAAAUGCCGUGGGUACAUUCUAUUCCAACAGCCUUACGAUUCUCUCGACUGUUUUGAGCAAACAAGGUCCUCGGUCGGUCACAAUCGAUAGUGGCUUGAAGUCCUUGACAACAGAUAGUGGUUUGGCAGAGUGCAAGGACCCGAGAUACACUUAUGGUGUUCUUGGUGACGAGCAUGGCUCACUCAGUUGGGAGGAGGGUACCCCGGCGCUUUCGGUUGGGGAUCGUGUUGAGAUGGUACCGAGUCACAUUGACCCUACGGUCAAUCUGCAUGAUUUCUAUUACGCACAUCGAGGUGGGGUCAUUGAAGAAAUAUGGCCUGUCGACUCGCGAGGCAAGGUCCAAUAG